CCAUCACAUCCCCUCUGUUGUGUGCGUGGGGGUUGUCGGCAGGCUGUCUGAUCAGGACCUAGGUUCACAGUUUAAGUAGAUUUCUCCUCAUUUUAUGGCAUGUAGAUAUCAGAAAGCACAGAGUUACAAUGCAGAUCCUCACCCCUCAUGUUUACUGGGCUCAGCGGCACGCAGAGAUCUUCCUCCGGGUGGAACUGAGCGAUGCAAAGGAUCUCGACAUCAGUGUACAAGAAAACAACACUCUUCAGUUCAAAGCACAGGGCCAUGGAGCUAAAGGAGAUAAUAAAUACACAUUCAGUCUGGAGUUUCUGGAACCUGUUAGAACUGAGAUCAACCAUAAGUCCACCCAGCGUCAGGUGGACAUCAAGAUCAGGAAGCAGGAGGAGCGAUGGUGGGACCGGCUGACUCUGCAGGAGAAGAAGCCUCUGUUUCUGGCUCCGGACUUCGACCGCUGGAUGGACGAGUCGGACGCCGAGAUGGAGCUUCAGGCUAAGGAGGAAGAGAAGAUAAACAAGAUAAGUGUGGAGUCGAGAAUUCGUAAAGACCCAUACCUUGGGCUGAAGAGAGGCUACUUGUUUAUGUACAACCUGGUGCAGUUCCUGGGAUUCUCCUGGAUCUUUGUCAACAUGACCGUUCGACUCUUCAUUCUUGGUCAAGAUUCGUUCUAUGAUACCUUCCACACCACGGCCGACAUGAUGUAUUUCUGUCAGAUGAUGGCUGUGCUCGAGGUCAUAAACCCCUUGCUGGGUCUGGUUAAGACUGGAUUUCUUCCUGCUAUGAUACAGGUGGCAGGGAGGAACGUCAUUCUGUUCGUGAUCUUUGGCUGUCUGGAGGAGAUGCAGAACAAAUCUGUUGUGUUCUUUGUCUUCUACCUGUGGAGCACCAUCGAGAUCUUCAGGUACCCUUUCUACAUGCUGGCCUGCAUCAGCACAGAGUGGAAGCUGUUGACGUGGUUGAGGUACAGCCUCUGGAUCCCGCUGUACCCGCUGGGGGUCUUGGCUGAAGCGGUGGCCGUGAUCCAGUCCCUGCCCAUCUUUGAUGAGACGCGUCUGUUCAGCUUCCCCAUCCCCGCGCUGCUGGGAGGCUCGCUGAGCUUCUCCUAUACUCUGCAGAUCUACCUGGUCCUCAUGUUCCUAGGACUCUUCAUCAAUUUCCGGCACCUGUACAAGCAGAGGAGGAGACGAUUCCGCUCGAGGAAAAGGAAAGUCCAAUAACUCAUCAGUCUAUUUUUAAAACACCCUGAACUGCCAUCCUGUUACAGACUAAGCAGAAGUUUUCUUUUCUUCCAAUUGCCUUUUCUCCUCUUCUACACAUACACUGACCUGAAGGAGGACUUUUCUCCUUAAUCCUCCAAUGGGUGAACUUUCCCCAGACCACAUCCUGUUUAUCCUUCUGAAACAGCACUAUAACACACAUCACCUGAAAACACUAUACAGGUCCAUCCAGUGCUUUACUACUACUGUGCUUAUUUUCUUUAAAAACAUCCAUUUUUUUAUCCUUGUCUGCAGUUUGAUUAUUACUAAUAUGUUUUAUUUAUUUGUAUUCACUCUAUGAACGUGGGAGUCUUUUGUUCCACAGUUUCUGUGAAUGAACUGGCUAAGGCAGAGUUUUCCUUUUUGUUUUAUUUAUUGCUCUAGGAUUAUUUAUUCAAAGAUCGUCUUUAUUGGUUCAAAACUAAUAUUGUUUUCAAUUAUCUUUUAACCAAUUAAAUAAAAAUCACUGAUCCACCCUCAGUGAUGUAAGGUAGUUAGCUAAACACCAUGACUCUUGAGAAAUGGUAAGGUGUGUGUUCCAAACACUGAGCCUUGUAUGACCCUGUCAGUCAGCCACUGCUUUGAUUAUUGAAAAAGCCAUGCAAAUUACUGUCACAAGGAAUUUUUUUAUGAAUAUCUUUUGGUGAUACAAUACACAGUCAUUCCUACCUGCCUUUACACUACCUGUACUAACUAUUAAGCGUACACAUUGUGACCUACAAAGAGAACAUGGGACUGAAAAGUUAUCAAUGAAGUGUUGUUUGUUUGCUUUUUAUGGAUUUUUUUUUGUACCCUAAACUAAAAAUACAAAUGGCAAAGUAGGAGAUAUUGUAUUUAAGGAUAGGAAUGGAGGGUGAAGAAGGGCUUCAUAAAACAGUUAUCUUUAUAUUACUUGACAAAUGCCUUUUAUUGCUUUACUGCUGUAAUACAAUCUCAGCUGAGUACAUUUAGCCAGUUCUGUAUUGACAGCACCUCCAGAGUCCAGUUCUCUCUUCUUUAAAGCGCCUGUGUAGAAUUUAUAAGAAAUGUUCAACUUGGGUGCCCCUAGUGGUCAUUUUGAUAAAUGUAGCAAUCUGAAGGAACGUAACAAGCACAUCGUUUUUUUCGCUGCAAGGAGACACUGUUGAUGUGUACUGCAGUGUGCACAGAUUUUCAGAUUUCUCCACCAUCAAAAGCUUUCACUACCUUCAUAAACUCAACUUUUUGUUGUUUGAACUGUGGAUGUUGAGGUCAACUGACAAUAAUGGACAAUGGGUCUAGGAGGGGAAAAAAAUAAACUCCAGAUGCACCAAACAUCCUUUACGAUCCAUAUCUGCUCUUACCCAGGUGUGACAAAUCCCCCAGGAUCUCAAACUGGAGAAGUGUGGCAGACGGUUUAUUAUUAGCAUAUGUACUGACGUGUUUUGCCGUGUGCAAAUAUUCCGCCCAAAAACUGUGAAACUGAGUAAAGAAGCUGAGCAAACUUUAUUAUUAUUGAGGGAUUGAACAUUUGAUUUUCUCUAAUAAUCCUUUUAUAUAUUUAGUAUAAAUAUCUGAAUUUGAAAUUUAAUCUGAAACAUGCUAUUCAGUACAUAUCUAAGAAAUCAAUAUUCUCAAUAAACAGUGUUUAGGUAUUAUUUUAUUUUGUCAAAACAAAUCAUUUUCUCAGAUAUGAAAAUCAAACUGUUCAUAAAGUCAGUGUUGCCAGUUAAAGCAAGAAGUUGUUUCUCUACACUUGAGCCGUCCACUUCCUGUUCCAACCCAAUCUGUUAACUGUUUAGACUUUCCAUUUGUUUUGUAUUUAUUUGUGUUUAUUUUACUUGUUGAUUUUAAUUAGUUUGUUUCAGAUUUUUAGUGUUUUCUAAUGGUGUUUGGGGAAAGAUGUGUAGUGGUCAUACAGCUUGAUUUAGACAUUUAUUUGCAUUUCAGAAGUCUUUAGGCAGGCAAAUUCAGACUAAAGCUGAAUUGUAUUGUAAAUCUCAAAUAUGGUGUACUGCCUAAAAUAAACAUCAGAGUUCUAA